UGUGCAACCAAUUAAUUGAGGACUUUUAUUUUGAAUUUGUUAUUUGACGAUCGCAGAAGUUUCAACCCAGCAUUAUUUUUAUAGAGUCCUAGUGGUAAAAUGACAAGGUAGCGCAUGAAGUUUGGUGUACGCAGGUUGCGUAAGUUAUCUUCUCGAAAAAAACAACAACCCUUGUGAAAUGGCCAAUCCGCUCCGUGGAGAGGUGGUGCGACUAUACAAAACUCUGCUCUUUCUUGGACGGGAGUACCCAAAAGGAGCAGACUAUUUCAGAGAAAGACUACGGGCUGCUUUUGCCAAAAACAGGGAUGUGCAAGACCCAGAGAAGAUCAAAGAACUCAUCAACCGUGGAGAAUUUGUGGUGAAAGAGCUUGAAGCGCUGUAUUACCUACGAAAAUACAGAGCUUUAAAGAAGCGAUAUUAUGACACAGACAAGUGACUGCUAUCAAUACAUAUAAAUGUAGAGAAAUCAAAUGUAUUAUAAAGGAAAUUUACAAAUCUAUUUGUAAUUUAAAAAUAAAUAAACAAUAACAUUACAAUUA